UUCUAUAUAAUGAAGACGCGAAGCAGAACGAAGAAAGCACGACGAACAUCAGAGAGCGAGAGCGAGCGAGAGAGAGGAAUUGGUGAUGCAGCAGAGGGGAAGGGUUUACAAUCGAAGAUCGAGGAGCUUUUCGAGGGCUCGUGUGGCCGUUGAAGGUUGUUAGUGCAGUCGCUCUUGAUCUCAUUCAUUUCCUCAACUCUCAAAUUUACAGACAACCUCGCAUUAGCGUCUGAAUCUCACGUCUUAAUCUACCGCCAUGGCUGCUCAAGGUGGAGAACGCGAGAUCCAGAAGAGCUACUGGAUUGAGCACUCUGUGGACUUGACUGUUGAAGCUAUGAUGCUUGAUUCCAAAGCUUCUGAUCUUGACAAGGAAGAGAGACCUGAAGUACUCUCUCUACUUCCUCCUUUUAAGGGGAAAAGUGUAUUGGAGCUAGGAGCAGGUAUUGGUCGUUUCACUGGUGAACUGGCUAAGGAGGCUGGUCAGGUUCUUGCUUUGGACUUCAUUGAAAAUGUGAUAAAGAAGAAUGAAAGCAUCAAUGGCCAUCAUAAGAAUGUCAAGUUUUUGUGUGCGGAUGUAACAUCUCCAGAUUUACAGAUUGCAUCCGAGUCUGUGGAUUUAAUAUUCUCGAAUUGGCUACUUAUGUAUCUGUCAGAUAAAGAGGUUGAGAAUCUGGCUGAAAGGAUGGCAAAAUGGUUGAAGGUUGGAGGCUUUAUUUUCUUCAGAGAAUCUUGUUUUCAUCAAUCUGGAGAUUGUAAGCGGAAAAACAAUCCUACACACUAUCGUGAACCAAGAUUUUACACAAAGGUAUUUAAAGAAUUACACUUGGAUGAUAGGUCUGGAAAUUCAUUCGAGCUUUCUCUUAUUGGAUGCAAGUGCAUUGGAGCAUAUGUGAGAAACAAGAAGAACCAAAAUCAGAUAUGUUGGAUAUUGCAAAAGGUCAAUUCACAUGAAGAUAAGGGGUUCCAACGAUUCUUGGAUAAUGUGCAGUAUAAAUGUAAUGGCAUAUUACGAUAUGAACGUGUCUUUGGAGAAGGUUUUGUGAGCACAGGAGGGAUUGACACAACAAAGGAAUUUGUGGCAAAGUUGGAACUUACGCCUGGUCAGAAAGUCCUUGAUGUGGGCUGUGGCAUUGGAGGAGGUGACUUCUACAUGGCGGAAAACUUUGAUGUUGAGGUUUUCGGAAUUGAUCUUUCCAUAAAUAUGGUUUCUUUUGCUCUUGAGCGUGCCAUUGGCCGCAAAUGCUUGGUGGAAUUUGAAGUUGCUGAUUGCACCAAGAAAGCAUAUCCUAAUAACACAUUUGAUGUGAUCUACAGCCGUGAUACCAUUCUCCACAUCAAAGACAAACCUGCAUUAUUUAAAAGCUUUUUCAAGUGGUUGAAGCCUGGUGGUAAGGUUCUUAUUAGUGAUUACUGCAAAAGGGCUGGAUCUCCAUCUAAGGAAUUUGCAGAGUAUAUUGAGCAGAGAGGGUAUGAUCUACAUGAUGUAGAGGCAUAUGGUCAGAUGCUCAGAGAUGCUGGCUUUAAAGAAGUCAAUGCAGAAGAUCGAACAGAUCAGUUCAUAAAAGUUCUGCAGAGGGAAUUGGAUGCUGUCGAGAAGGCUAGAGGGACAUUCAUAUAUGACUUUUCUGAAGAAGACUACAAUGAAAUUGUUGGCGGUUGGAAGGCGAAGCUGGUUAGGAGCUCAAUGGGUGAGCAAAGGUGGGGGCUAUUUAUUGCAAAGAAAUGAUUUUCUCCAAUCAGCAGCAUUUUCCAGCUUUACAAGUUAUGAACAUGUAUUUCAAUAUGACUUUAGCAUGUCUGAAAUUUGUAGUAGUCACACUAGUCAGACUCGAUGUUUGUUUAGUUUUAAGUAUGAGGUGAGGUGGAUUGUAGGGACCAUAAAAUCGCCCUGGUUGAAUACUCUUUUACUUAGUGGAGGACCAUUAGCUGAUUGUAAGCCUUGUUAUCCACAAUCUGAAGGAGCUAGUGAAUGAAAGUUUAUUCUGGUCAGGCUGAGUAGCAAGUGUGAGCCGAAAUGUGUCACUCACUGCCCUCACAUGACCAUCACUCUGUUUUACUCUGAUGCAUGUUUGUAAAAAGAAUGCUGAUCCAGUGAGUUUGAUCUCAUUAACCA